GCAAGCUGGGGAGGAAAGAGAACAGUUUUACGCCUUUGCUUUCUCCUGGCGUUUGCACUGUUAAGGUGGCGCAGUGAUUCGCUUGCAGUAAUCGAGAAGAUUGAUCAGGGAUACCUUAAGAGGUGUCAUUGUAUUUGCUCAGCCUGGCUCAGCUGCAUCGUAGAGGCUGAGGCAUGGGAUUCUCCAUCCAGUGACUCCAGAAGAAUGCUGUAGGCUGCCUCUCCGCCUGUGCAAGGGGCAACCGGACCACUGACCAUCGCUGCUUGUAUCUGCACAGCCGUACGAGUAUCUCCUGCACGUUUUCCCUUGUCUGUCACAUUGCAACUGAGAAAAUGAAGCUGCCUCCUUCAGCCAGGUAAAGAAAUGACCGAUCACGCACAGUCAGAACAGCAUGCUGAGGAGACGCAACCUUCUCACUACACUGCUCAUUGUCCUACCAUGGGCUCUUCUCCUAACACUGUGGCACCAAAACCCUACCAGCCGCUACCUCACCCUUUUAAGAAAGGAGAUAGGUGACAAUUCCACGGUCAAACCCCUAUUCAGCAAUGUGACACCAAGCAAAGAUGAUUCCCUCCAAUGUGUCAACCAGUAUCCCACCCACGAGACUCCAGUGGUGGUUAGAACAUAUGUUUAUUCGAGACCGCCACGCUGGAAUGAAGACCUUCCAGUUAUCUAUGUGAUUACUCCCACCUACACCAGACCGGUUCAGAAGGCUGAGCUUGUUCGUUUGGCAAAUACUUUUCUCCAUGUCGUAAAUUUGCACUGGAUUGUCGUGGAAGAUUGUCCUAGAAAAACAAAACUGGUGGCUAACCUGCUGGAGAAGGCGGGCCUGAACUUCACCCACUUGAAUAUUGAGAGUCCACAUAACCAAAAAGUUGGCAUAUCAAGGACACCUGAGGUCACCCCUCGAGGAACCGUGCAGAGGAAUCUUGGCCUUCGGUGGCUUCGAGACAACCUCAACGCUUCAAACCCUCCGGAAGGAGUCGUCUAUUUUGCAGAUGAUGACAACACGUAUAGCCUUGAGGUCUUCGAAGAGAUGCGAUACACAAGGACAGUAUCCGUCUGGCCGGUGGCUUUCGUUGGCGGUUUGAGAUAUGAGUCUCCUGACCUUGGUCCAACAGGGCGUGUGAUUGGCUGGAAAACAGUGUUUGACCCUAAGAGGCCUUUUGCCAUUGACAUGGCGGGUUUUGCCAUUAACUUACGGUUAAUCCUUGAAAGACCACAUGCCAACUUCAAGCUGGAAGGAGUAAAGGGAGGAUACCAAGAGACAAGUUUACUGAAAGACCUUGUCACUAUGGAUGGACUGGAAGCCAAAGCCGCCAACUGCACUAAGGUUUUGGUCUGGCACACAAGGACUGAGCGACCGACACUAGUGAACGAGGGGAAACGGGGCUUCACAGACAUGAACAUUGAGGUGUAGACGCCGAGUGUGUCACAACAUAAAGAAGAAAAAACUGAAUAAAUUAAAAAAGAAGGCAAGGAAAAGAUCUGAUUUAUAAAUACAGCAGUCAUACUAUUGUGAAAUAUCUUUGUGGCUCUUUAAACUACUGAAAAUGAAAAAGAAAAUGUAAAAAAAAAAAUAACUGUGAAAAAACUAUUUUUUUUUUGACUCAUCCGGGAAGCUUCCUUCUGCUACUGAGAUGUGAGAAAACCUUCUGAGCGAGGGAGAUCGGUGACUGUAUCUCAGCUAUUUUUCUUCUUCUGAUGAAGCAUAUGCUGGUUCUUCGUCAGACAUAUGGGUCUGUGUACCAAAGCUAAUUAAAAUGUUCUCAACGCUCGACGCGCCGUCAAAUCUAAGACACUUACUAAUCAAGUUUCCGAACGACUGACAAGACUUGAUUUUUUAUUUUAUUUUAUUUUUUAUAGAAAGACCUGCUUAUGCCACAUCUGACAUAACAGAUUUUGCUGCUGAUGAUUGAAGACACAAGGAUA